CCCCGCGCGCGCGCCCGCGGGCCCCCCCCCGCUAUAUCAUUAUGAAGCCAGUGAAAGUCUCUUUCCAAUGAUGUGUAAAGUACAGUGGUUAACGAGAAAAUUAGUUACAGUUAUAAACAUGAACGCCGUUGACCUACCGGUUUCCUGGGAAACUACCGAGUAUUCCGGAUCUUAGAGUAUCCAGUUACAUUUUCUUAAGGCUAUCUCAUAUAUCAUUUUGUAGCUCGUGAAAUUCUCUAUCGAACGGUGUAUAACAGUUGAUAUUUGCUGUGGGUGAAACAGGUUGAAUAAUGUAAGUACUUUGAGAAAACGUCGCUUAACGUUUUUUUUUUUGCUAAAAGGUUUGCAGGGGCACUGAGAAGGAGUUUUAAGAUUUAAAAAUAUGUUAGCGUUAAUCGUGGACAAAAACUGCAUGAGAUGAGUUAACAUAAGACUGAUUUGAGCGUGGACCGAUUUUGCCUCUUAUCAUCCCCCGUCCUUUCUAUACUUUAGACAAGACUAUUUUCAAAAAAAACCUGGUUUAGGUCCCAUGAAAAGUCCCCCGGGACCAGUACCGUCCUGAAUACCUCUAAAGCUACUUCAUAAGCACUCGAUUGACGAAGAUGAUUCCUGUGGCAGAGGAUUGAAUCAUUCAGAUUCCACUCGACACUGAAAACAAUUUCGAACUUAAAAUUGGAUUUAAUUUUUUUGUGCCGUUUCCAGUUAGGCAUAUGGAAACUUUUAUGCGUAUGGUUACUUCAUUAGUCGUUCUAUUCUUUCGUUUUUCUCAAAAUCGAUUCUGAUAAGCCUUCGUCCUGGUUACGAUCACAGUGUUUUCUUUUUUUCUUUUGUCCAAGUUCUGUCAGUAGUCGCUGAAUUUUUCUCAUAGUAAAAGGACCAACUGUGGGUAAACUGUACUCAAAUCAUACAGAAGCUGUGAUGCAUGUUUUCAUUGGCCACAAAAUGAAAUAAUUAUAAAAGAAACUACGUUUAAUCGAUCCGAAAUGGCUUGAAUACCUUUCUCCUAGUGGAAACGGGCAACAGAUUACACUCAUCAGUGACCUACUAUGUAGUAACGAGAACGGAAGAAUCUUUUUAAAGUUCAGAGAGAUCGGUUGAGAGAGAGAAUAGUUUUUUACUGCAUGAUCAGCAUUAUAAUGCCUUAAUCCUCGAAAAUACUCUUCUUCUAGUUCCUGUACCUUUAAGAGUAUUCAAACGACCAUACGGUUUUAUUUUGUGUUAAUUUCAGGAUAAAAGGCUCAGCGAAUACACAGAAAAACAUUUUGAACGAGAAAAUAUUGAAAUAAUAACUAACACUCGUGUUAAAAACGUGAAACAACGAGAAGUUAUUGUACAACAUAAAGGUUCAAACGAUCUACUAUCUAUACCAUGUUCAAUUAUUCUAUGGGCAACAGGCAUUCAGUCAAUACCAUUAAUAAACAAUUUACGUGAAACAAUUGACGUGAACAUACAAACCAAUCGUACGGGUUUAAUAACAGACACGUAUUUACGCGUAAAAGGUAUUGCUGAUCAUUCAAUAUAUGCAGUGGGUGAUUGCGCAACCGUUGAACAACGAAAAUUGGUCGAUUAUAUUAAAACUUUAUUUGAAGAAGCAGAUACAGUGAAAGAUGACGCUUUAGAUUUACAAGAAUUUCGACAAUUAAUUGAAAGUAAAGUUAAAGAAUUUCCACAGUUUGAAAUCUAUCAGAAAAAUAUCGAAAACGCAUUUCAUAAUGCAGAUAAAGAACAAGCCGGACGUUUAAAAUUUGAACAUUUACAUGAUAUAUUAGAGAAAGCUGAUAAAAAAUUACGUGCGUAUCCACCUACAGCUCAAUUAGCAUUACAACAAGGUGAUUAUGUUGCCAGUUUAUUAAAUAAGAUGUCUACUGGGGAUUCAUCUAAUUUAAUACAGCCAUUCCGGUUCAACUAUAAAGGCUCGUUGGCUUAUGUCGGAGGUGAUGCAGCCGUUAUCGAUUUUACUGGUUCACCAUUAUUAAAAAUAUUUAAUAUAAAACCAUUAUCGGGAAAGGGUAGCUAUUAUUUAUGGAAAUCAUUUUAUUUCACUGAAAUGUUCACGAUGAGAACAAAAUGUUUAUUAGCGUUCGAUUGGAUAAAAUUAAAAUUAUUUGGACGGGAUAUUAGCCGUUAUUAA